AUACUUUCGAUUUCUAUACAUCGAACAGGUAUCUGUUUGGUUGAAAGAAAUCAUUCGUUUCUAUGGAAAUAUGCGCAGUUGCGCACACUUUGCGAAGAAUAACUGGAUUUGAACCAGACGCGAGAGUAAAAUACAUAAUUUCCACAUCAAUAUAUAUUUGAAAGUUAAUCAUGUCUUCAAUAGCCUGACAUCGGUAACAGUUGUUUACUGACUGAACUUGAAUAAUAAUGAAGAUCGGUUAUUGAAUAAGUUAACAUGCCUCAUUACGAUGAAAGUUUUAUUUACGAUGAUAAUCAAAAUCAGCGGAGAAAUAAAAGGAGUUACAGAGUUUAUAAAAACGGAAUAAAUCCCUUUUUGGAACCCAGCGAAGUACUACAUGUCCUAGAAGAAAGAGGAUCAUCAGUUAUAAAACGAAAUAUCAGAAAUAUUAAACAGCGUGGCAAUCGUUUUAAACCUGAUAUUCAUCAGAGCAAACGUACAGGAAAUAUCGAAAUAUCAGUAGAUCCAUGCCCACGUUUCACUUGCUAUGACAAAAAAAAAUACUACGACUUUCAAAACAACAACGUCUUAGCGCUCACUACAUGCAAAAGUUUUGAUAAUUUAACAUUGACCCAAGUUAGAAGCAAUGGCGGCAAGGAAAAGAACAUCAGAAACGGGAUUAGUCUGCAAAAUUUGGUGGACGAAGAGAAUAUACAGCAUUAUGUUUCACCGAGAGAAGAGUCCUUCUCAGAUACAAAACGGGGCGAGACAAGAAAUUCAUACUCUGUCGUUGAUGGACGACGUCAUCCCUCGCAUCGAAGAGUCUCCCGCGGAACUGCGGCACCUGGUGUCGGCAUCUAUCGGCAAAUAAACAUCGAAGGAACAGCUCGAAAAGUAACUCGGGAGGGCGACGGGUCCGGCGAGCCAGGCUCGGGGCAUCGCGGCUCGCUGCGCGGCGCCAACAAGCUCGCGCGGCGCGCGCGCUCCUUCAAGGACGACCUGCUCGAGCGCAUCUCUAACAUGCGCUCGCCGGCGCAGCAGCACCAUCCGCCGCAUCUGUCUUCAGCCAUCCGGUCGCACUCGCCGCUUAGUCCCAAGAUACGCAACAUGGCGUCCAAGGCAUCUACGGCUGAGGAAGGGGAGUUAACACCGGCCAAGGAACUGGAGGGGCUAGUCAAAGAAGUAACCUUCGGUUUGAAACAUUUUUCCGAUGUCAUUACCAAGAGAAAGCUGGAAAUGCUCCCCGACAACGGCACUAUUGUUUUCGAAUCUAUCGCUAAUAUUCAUAAAGCAAUAAAGCCAUACAGCGGUCGGUCGCCGUCGUUGCUGAGCGCCGUCAAGCGCCUCUGCAACGCGCUAGCGACGCUGAUCCGUCUGUGCGACGAGAUUACGGCUGUAAGUCUGCGCGCGGACGCGGGCAACGAGGAGAUGGACGCGUCGGCGCUGUCGGCCGAGCACGUGUCCACGGUGGUGAAGGGCGUGACGGCGGCCGUGGAGGAGGUGGCCGCGCUAGCGCAACAGCACAUGGCGCGCCCGGCGCUGUCUCCGCGCCCCGCGCUCGUCUCACCGCGCGCUUCUACGCAACGGAACUCUUUGCCCGACAUUCCGUUAACGCCGAAGGAGCGGUCGCUGCUGACGAGCGACUCGGGCCCGGAGUCGGCGGUGGUGCGCGCGUCGCAUUCGUCCGAGUCUGUGCUCGACGCGCCCGACUCGCCGCCGCCGAAGCCGGCUCGCCCCAACAGGAAAAUGGAGUUGGCCCCACCUCUGCCGCCCAAGCGGCGCUCGGCCAAUGAAAACUCCCUCAUAGCACAAUCCAUUGACAGACUGUCCCUGCAAUCUCACAGCAGCGGCUCGCUGGACUCGAUGCUCAACGUCUCCAACGAGGAGGACCGUCACGCGCACGAGUCCAACAGCCACGACCGCGUCUUCGUCACGCCGCCGUCUUCCGAAAUAGUCGGCAUAUGCAGCUGCCACAGCGGCAGCGAAAUGCGAUCCUCGCUCGAGUCGCAGGAAUCUCACGCCAACAGUAUUCACGUCCACUCGCACUCGCACUCGAACAACAACAACAAUCGUUUCUCCAAUGAGUCAGGUUUCGCAUCGCAGGGCCAAGCCGAAAUGUCUACGGAACACAGUUUCUCGUCGACUUUCGCUUCGCACCACUACUCGAAUCACACGGACAGUAAUUUUGAAAGUACACUGUAUGUGAACGAAAUGAUGGGCACGCAUCAAAGUAUUGAGAGCUUCAUGAAUGUACAUAUGACAAAUGCAACCACUCAUCAGUCUAUAAGCACAAUGUUGCCGAGCAUUACGUCAGACGAGAGCGAGGCGCCGCCCGAGCUACCGGUGAAGACGCGGCGCAACAACCGCGCGGACGUCCAACAGAGCUUCCCCAACGUUGAAAUCAGACAAAGCCCAGUGUGCUCGCUGCACGGCGAGGCGAGGCCGCACACGCUGGCCGAGCACCACCCCACGCGGCCGCCCCCGCUGCCGCUCAAGAAGAAACACAUGUUUCAAAGCGUCGCAUACAGCGUUAUGGCGUAUAUGGAGAUGUUCGGCAACUGCAGUCACCCGCCCAACAACGCGGCCGCGCCGCCAGACAUGUUCCGGCACUCUAUUCAUACAUACAAUCUGGCAAGUGCGCAACACACGAGCGGGAGCACUAUGGUGCAGCGCCACCAGCACGUUCAACGGUCCAUAGCGCAGUCGUUUACCGUGCAGCACUUUAGCAGUCCACCGGUAUUGAGUGGGUCCGAGGACAGCGUCAGUUUGACCACGUCUGGCGGGACCAGUCCCGUGCCUCCCGAGCUACCGCCAAAGAUGAACAAAACUAAGAUUCAAAUCAAUUCGAGCAAUGAACUUCUACCGCCUCCCUCCCCUCGACCUUCAUCGCACAAUAGCUCUACGUCCGUUGAAGACACCACGCACAACAAUCUGAACUCUGAUGAAUCUUACGUUAGUACUUCCACGCCGGCCAAGUUCCCCAUCGAAGACGAGCACGAGUUGCUGGCGCCUGAGCCGACACCGUCACCUGUGCCUUCGCAGAAGAGCGAAAGCAGUACUGAGCCUAUUGCGGCCACAAAAGACUCUGACACCGCUCCUCCGGACGCCGAUCCUGAAGACAUCAUACUGCAGACCGACAUUAGCUCGAACUUACUUUUGAAGGCGCCCAGCAAAGACGGGCCUGAGGUGCGGGGCGGCCAUCCGGACGCUCUCAUCGUCCUCGCCACUAAGGCUACCAAAGAUUUCGCGUACCAGGAGGCGUUCCUGGCCACGUACCGCACGUGGGUGGCGGCGCGCGACCUUGUGGCGCGGCUGACGCGCCGCGCGCACCACUUCAAGUCGCGCCCCCACGAGCUGCGCUCCACGCUCAGUCUGCUCACUAGGGUUGUUAAUGAUCUUACGAUGACGGACCUUGAAGAAUCUCUAAUGCAGAAAAUUAUGGAAUUUAUUUAUUGGCUUAUUGAAGUUGAAGAGUUGCCAAUCGCUAAAGCACUAAGGCAAAUUUUGGUUGACAAGCAAAAGCAGUUGCAUAACCAACAACAGGCCAACACUAGAUACGAGUACGAGUCUCCGUGCUACUCGAGCGUGUCUCUCCGUCGCGACACGCUGCUCGACUUCAAGCCAUCCGAGCUCGCGGAGCAGAUGACGUUGCUGGACGCCGCGCUGUUCGCGCGCAUCACCACGGCCGAAGUGCUGUCGUGGCCACGCGACCAGUCCGAGGAGAGCUCUCCGAACCUCACAAGGUUCACGGAGCACUUCAAUAAGAUGAGCUACUGGGCACGCUCUCGAAUUUUAGAACAGGACGAAGUGCAAAAACGCGAACGCUACGCCCGGAGCUUUCUAAAAGUUAUGAAGGCGUUGCGUAAAAUCCACAACUUCAACUCGUACCUAGCGCUGGUGUCGGCGCUGGACUCGCCACCCGUGCAGAGGCUGGGCUGGCCGCGCGCCAUCGUCGAGGCGCUGCACGACCACUGCGCCAUUAUCGACUCGUCUUCCUCCUUUCGCGCCUACAGGAAUGCCUUGGCGGAGACGCAGCCGCCCUGCAUACCCUACAUUGGUCUAGUACUUCAAGAUCUGACUUUCGUCCACAUCGGCAACCCAGACCUGUUGCCCGACGGAAGCAUCAACUUCACAAAGCGAUGGCAACAGUACCACAUCAUGGAAAAUAUGAAGAGAUUCCACAAAGACAGACAGUACAAGUUUAAGAAGAACGAACGGAUCCAAGCCAUGUUCAACGAGUUCGACGACGUGUUAAGCGAGGAGGCGAUGUGGCAGAUAUCGGAGAGCCUGAAACCGCGCAGCGGGCGGCCGCGCGCCGCCGCCGCCGCCGCGCCCGCGCCGCCCGCGCCGCCCGCACCGCCCGCACCGCCCACUGCCUAGCUAGCGUCGCUGCUCAACUGCGCCCGGCUGACCAUGGCGAUAAAAUUAGAAUCCAAAGAAUAGAAAAAACCAAGAAAUCGUAUAUGGACGAAAAGAGCUGGCUUAUAUCGAUGAGGAAUUGUAAGUUAAAAGUUGAAAUGUGAUUAUCUGUCCUAAAAAGGCCUAAUUAUUUUAGUAUAUUAAUAGUAAGUGUGCGAUUUUCAACUGUGAUGGAACCGGGAGGAACGUCGAAGCGCGCCGUCCGGCGUUUUCCUCGCUUCAAAUCUCAAAGCUUUUCGUGUGGAAUGAAUUAAUUUAAUCAUAGUAAAGUUUGAAGCCAAAUAUUCACUAUCAGUAUUUGAGUCGGAUAUACUAUCGUCUUAUACAUAUCAGCAUGUGACUUGUGUAGUGAAAUAAAUAAACGAGUGACGCCGUGGUGUUUAGAAUAAUAUCCUUGAUAUUUCUUCUCGUUGUUGUAUUUGCCAUUGGUGUCGAUAUCUAAGUAAAUUUGCUUCGAAAAUUUAAACAUUACAUACAUCGAAUUAGAGAACAUUUUGAAGUAGGAAUUUUGAAUACAGUGUAGUAAAUUAGAAUACAGUGUCAAUUACUUUUUCCAUUAAUCUUAAAAUAGAAAAACCAGACCUAUAGCGGAAAUGAUAAAAUAGUCCCUAAAACGUUAAAUAGAGAGAUUAAAAAAUGUUUAUUUUUUGUAUAGAGAAAGCCUUUUUAAUAAAAGUAAUUGGCACUGUAGUUUUCGACUAGGCUAAGGAUAGGUUAAUUGUGCCGUUUGUCAAAUCACUGCGGGCAAUAAGCGUACAUCUAGAAAAUGCGCUCAUCGCUAGGUGCAAAGUGAGCUUUGCUUAUUAUACCCGACAUGUAGCUUGAUUAGAAUGUCAAUGUCUUUACAUUCAACAAUAACAUAUUGUGUGGCUCGGCGUAGAUAACGAUUUAUAAUUAGACGUUGCAAUGGUGUUUAAAUAUAAGGAACAUAGUUAGACUAUGUACAAUUACUGAUCCUAGUAAAUUGGUUACUGUACGAAAUGAUAAAUCAUUGUUAACUUGCAUGGCACUAUUAUAUAGUAUUACUUAAAUUAAAUUGUAAUUUAACAGAAGAUGCGUAGAAAAUUGUAUAAUAUGAAACUUACUACAAAUGUAGUACAUUUCGUGUUGUACUGUGUCGAAAAUGCAAUAAUAGAGUUGUGACUGUUAUUACAGGAGUCGUAGACUAGACUAACAACUUAAUCUGCCUCGUAAUUAGCUAUAUUCCAUACAAACUGUUAUUUCCAGUAGCAACCGUUUAGAGGUUUCUAACAUCACAUUUUAAGAUUGGUCAUUCUAAUCAAGUUUCAUAAUAAUAAUAAAAAAAAUCAGUAGGUAGGUCAGUGGCGUCGCGCAAAUCAUAUUAGAAGAGUACGUAUAUUAUUUUAUCACUAGGUAUGUUAAAAAAAAUGUAAACCGUCUUUCAAAACAGCAUAUUUAUUUAUUUAUUUUCUACAAUAUUAGCCAAAGUAUUUUUUGUUAUAUUAUAGAGGGUCCGUACAUUUUUUUUCUUGUUUUUAUUAUAUACUGUGUUUCGCUGUAAAAGGUAGCAAAAUGUAUGCAGUUAACGGAGGUUUAUUUAUUAUUCUUUUAUAAAGAUAAUUUAUACAAUCAUCAAAUAGAAAAGUGACAAUAGCAUAUUAAGUAAAACGUCGUUUAGCGUCUCUUAAUGAUUUAUGACGAGCACAUUUAAAAUGUAACAACGCCACUGACCAAUAAACGUGUUCCUAUUGUCAUGUAUCAGUUACCUACAGUACCGGCCAAUAAUAUAUCACCUCCAUGUUUUUACGGUAUAACUUUUUUUAUAUAUUUGUGAGUCACUUCCCCCUCACUGCUUUAGGUAGUAUAGUAGUAUUCCUUUAUACGGGCGAUGAGAAAAAUUGGUCUCAUGUAAUGGUUUUUUCAUAGAGGUUUUUUUUAAAUGUAUUGUUCACAUCAUUUUUUUACUAGAGGUAUUUUAGUAAUAUCAAAGAGGAUAUAAUAAGAUAGAGCGAUACUGUCAUAGUAAAUUUUGUAACCACUGUAAAUUCACUGCCAUCUAUCGAUAUACUUUAAAACUAAAAAUGAAGAUUUAUAAAAAUACGUUAAAAUGUAUUUAAAUAUGGAUAAAUGAUUUUUUUUAUAUGCAUUAAUUAUUUUUAUAUGAUUUUGACCCAUGUUCUUUCACUGAUAUGCGUUAAAAUUAUAAAUAACAAAUGAAACCGUCAAUGCCCUCUAUACGAGAGUAGGCCAAAGCUAGUGGCGCCAUCUGAUCGAGAAUCAAAUUUUCGUGAUUAUCGAGGCACGUUUUUUCCUUAGACUGUAUCCAUCUAUUACGGAGUUAUAUCUAUAUUUGGUAAUAUGCUGAGUAUCCUAUUGUAAUUCACAGUAUUUCAUUGCAAUAUUCAUCAUAUAUUUGUAUUAGUAAAAUAUGCAAUCUACAAACUAACCUAUACCUUUAUUGUUUACUCUAUACAAGCUCGUACAAAAUCACUCAAAGGUGAUAUAUCAUUGGUCGUCACUGUACAUAAUAAUGUUAUUCUAUCGGCGGGGUUUGAUAACAUUUGCCUUAUAUAAUUCAUGCAAUUACCUAUAUGAAACAGGACGGAUUGUGUUGUUUUUAAAGUUGAAAUAAUAAUUAUUUAUAAAAUUUGUGUAAUAGGGCUUCCAUGUUAGGAAAACAUCAUACAAGUAAUUUUGCUAAAACACAACUAUCCUCACUUCUCAAGGCAAAAUCCCCGCUCUCAAUUCAAUGUAUUCCCUUAAUAAAUCAAUCAACUGCGUGCCAAAACUUAAACACGAAACAAGUUUAGUGUCCUACUUUCAUAUGUUUACUAGAGUAAUUUUAAAGGGAUCGGCUGUUUGAUGAUGGCAUAGUAAUAGUAGGCGACAAUUGAGGCGACGUCCAUUGUAAAUCGAAGCACUUAUAGUACAAAACAAAAUUGUACGUCAAAGUGAGAUUUAGCAUUUGACUUUUCACUAGCAUUGAAGGUGUAGGUAUCAUCUAAAACCUCUUUUAGAACCAAGUUAAGUAGGUAUCUUUAAAAUUGUACUAGGAUAAACGAAUCUUCCAACUAUUGUCACAGUUAUUAGGCUAGUUACAUCUUCCAGUUUUAAAGUACGCAUAGACAUUAACCAUCCAAUGUUUUAAACGAAUGUAAAAAUGCCAUAAGGAUAAGUUAAUCAUCCAUUUAGUAGAAAUAUUUUUAAUGCAAUAUUUUUGUGCAUGUUCUUUAAAAUAUAAAAGUCAUAGUUACUUUUUAUUUUUGAUAUUCAGAAAAUUAUAUUUUUCUUAUAAGUUGCUACCUAAGGCAGCAACCAUAUUUGAAUAUAACAUACUUUUGAGAUGUUUACUUGUCUAUUCUAUCGUCGCGGAUUGUGUAAUUUUUACGCUUAAGAAUUUUAGUGUCAGACAAGGCUUACAUCGUAUUCGUAGGCCAGCGCACGGAUUUUAUUCACUCGACAGCCGAGGGUCUAGGUAAUGUUUAGCAAAAAAUCAUAAUCGGUGUUUGUUUUGCCUUAAGACGAUCGAGUUCGAAUUAAAAGAAAUAGCAAUAAAUUUUGAUGGUGUUGUAGAAUCGUUGCACAAUUGUGAUACUACUCAUGUAGUGCUGCUUGCUACUCUGUCGUAUUGACGCCCUCGUUAUGUAGGCAAUUAUAUUAGAGAAUGUUAGCUGUAAGCGUUAAAAUACAAACCCCAAUAUUUAUCUGUCGCCAAGUUAAUGUAAUAUAUCAGGUAGUGCAUUAUUUGGAGGAACAUAAUGUUCCGUGCAAUAACUAGACCAAUAUUUAGGACAUUCUACAAUGCUUUACUGAUUUUACGCUGACGUAUUCUUGAGAGGCGAAGUAGUAGUAGUUAGUGUUAUAAGUGCAGCAUAGAAAACAUGUUGGCGACUUCUUUGUUUAAAAUGUAGCUAGAGCGGGGUUUCAAUUUUUUAUAUUAAUUAUAACAGUUUAUAAUUUAUGAUGUUUCAAUGUUUUUUUUGCGACAAAUAAGAAAAUUGUUAUUAUGAUUCAACAUUAUGCUGCUACGUAAGCAUUAUAUUAUAUUAUACAAAAACAAUACCUUACUCGAAAUAUAUAUAAAAAAGGUUUUAUUUCAACAGUGCGUUAAAAUGUACAUACCUAAGGCACAAGCUUAAAGGAGGAAAUGGGAUAGUUCAUAUGCCACAUGAACGUGUUGAUAGAUUUCUUUGGAAUUUUACUUAAGCUUAGCAGGCAAGAAAAACAUAACCAGUAUAAUUACUCAAUUACAUUAGAAUUCGUUACAUUUUUAGGGAUGUUUUUUCUUUAUCAUUUUGGGAAGUAUCCCUAAAAUAUAAAUUAAAGACCAGACUAAAAAUAAUCAAACAAUUUACAUUAAUGUAGAUACUUUUGUUUGAUUAUUGAAAUUUAAGAUAUUUGGAGUAUAUAUGGCAUUCAAGCUUUCCAUCCCGAUACCAAUAUAUCUAUACCCACAUAAAAACAUCGGUGAAAUUUGAAGUCGCACAGUGAAAAUACUCUUUCAGGCAGUUUAGAACUGCGGAGGACCACUUUACAUACAUUGCAUUGAAAAAUAUGACUCGUUCGCUAGCUAUGUUCCUAAGAUCAUGAUUUUUGUUUGAUAUUAUUUAUUUAGUGUAAGAAUGUUUAUGUAAUUGUAAAAUUUAGUGACGGGAAAUAUAUUUAAAGACUGCAUUAAUUAACUGUUCAUUAUAUUUGACAAUGUUAGGAUAUCCCAUUACUUAAUUGGAAAUAUAUUAGGUAUAUUGUAAGAUUGGUCUGGCAGUGACCAAGUACCGAACGGCUCCGUUUUAAAGCCGAAGACGGCGAGCUCACAGGCAUGGGUGAAUAUUACGCUUCUCAUGUUAUCUAUUCACGUUGCUGUGUUUAGGCUAAUACAGCUCUGAAUCUCUUUUUUGUUUUCUAUUUUAAGGAAUGAGAUGUUACACGAAUAUUUCGGCAAAUACGGUGAGGUGAAUAGGUACCAUUAGAUUAGAGUUGAACGCAAACAGAGGUCGCGGUCGAGGAGGAUGAUGUAGGUAGAGGGUGGUCGUUACCUUAACUACAAAACGGUACAGUUCGACUUGCGUCUACUAGUUUGUACGGUGAUUUGUCACAAGUCGAUGUUUAAACAUAGAUUACAUCAGAAUGAACGGCAUACAUGUAAUUGUGUUGUAUUAGCGAGUUCAGUAUUAUGUUUAAAAGAAAUGCCAUAAUGUACGAAAUGGAUUAUAUUAUUAGUGUCUAUUCAUAAAACGAUUUUUUUACACCUUAUCAUAUUCAUGUUAAACCUUACUUUAAGUAAAGUUUUUUUUUAUAUUAUUAUAUUAUAAAUAUACUUUUUAUUGUAAAUUACUUUUUUACUGAGUUAACCAUAAAGACGUACUAAGUAUGUAUGUAUUUGCAUGUAUGUACAGUCUAAAUCUGCGUGUCAAGUUUUUAUUAUUUGUAAAAUAAAAUAACACCAUAUUUACAAGACAAACAUGUUUUUCUUUAAUAUUAAGUUAUAGAGCGUAAAAUUGUAUACUUUAUUAAUAGUAGAGGUGAAGUAGGAACUUUAAAUAAAUUAUCAGAGGAUC